AGCUGGACACGGGUUCAACUCUAUCCAUAAUCUCGGCCCGAACAUUAAGGGAACUGUGCCCUAAUGGGGGUCCCAAACUAAGGCCGGCCCCAUUCACCCUCCGGGACUUCCAGAAACGUAAGGUCCCUACUAUGGGGGUGGGGACCUUCAGGGUGCAAUAUCGAGGGCGAAAGCAACAAUUGGACUUGCUGGUAGUUAAGGGCCCCUACGUUAGCUUACUGGGACUGGCAUGGUUUGGACCUCUGGGGCUAGCCGUUACCGGGGUGAACCGCACUAGCUUACAAGUGGACGUGGACGCCAUAUGCAAAGAGUUUCCAGGGGUUUUCGAUGGGGCAUUGGGACGAUAUACAGGACCCCCCAUUGCCCUACAGCUAGACCCCGCUGUACGACCCAUCAGACACAAGGCCCGCCGGGUCCCGUUCGCCCUGAAACCCCGCAUAGACGAGGAAUUGGACCGGCUCGUGGAGCAAGGAGUGCUGGAGCCGGUGCCCAACGCCCCCUGGGAAACUCCAAUUGUCACACCCGUCAAGCCUAACGGUUCGGUCCGCAUCUGUGCAGACUACAAAUGCACCAUAAACAAGGCUCUCACGGCCCAUGCAUACCCAGUGCCAGUGGUCAGCCAUGUCCUCGCCACCCUGGCUGGGUCAAAAAUCUUUGGCAAACUGGACUUGGCCCAAGCGUAUCAACAGUUGCCUGUGGACGAAGCCACAGCAGAGGCUCAGACGAUUGUGACGCACAGAGGGGCAUUCAGAGUAAAGCGGCUGCAAUUUGGCGUUAGCGUGGCACCAGGCAUAUUCCAGAAUCUAAUGGACUCUCUCCUCAAAGGGAUUCCUGGCGUCACCCCCUUCUUCGAUGAUGUACUGAUCGCCGGGCCCACACCAGAGGAAUUUGAGGACCGCCUCCGCUCCGUCCUGCACCGUUUCCAGACGGCGGGCCUCAAGGUGAAGCGGGAAAAGUGUUUACUGGGAGUGCCGCAGGUGGACUUUCUGGGAUUUAAGGUGGACGCAGAAGGGGUCCAUCCAACCGGUGACAAGGUACGGGCCAUUUGUGAGGCCCCAGCGCCCAAGAGCAAGCCCGAACUUCAGUCAUUCUUGGGACUAUUGAACUUUUACCAUGCCUUCCUUCCACAUAAGGCAGCGGUAGCGGAGCCCCUACACAGACUCCUAGAUAAAAGGGCCCCUUGGGUGUGGGGCCAGCGACAAAGGGCCGCAUUCCAGGCAGUCAAGGACUUGCUCGUCUCGAACUCGGUCUUAGCACACUUCGACGAGAGGCUGCCAGUGGUGCUGGCAUGCGACGCCUCUCCCUAUGGCAUCGGCGCUGUCCUGGGACACCAACUCCCGGAUGGAAGAGAGGUGCCGGUGGCAUACUUCUCCCAGACGCUUGCUGCAGCCGAACGAAACUACUCACAGAUUGACAAGGAGGGUCUGGCAAUCGUGAAGGGCGUAAAAAAAUUCCAUGAUUUCUUGUACGGGCGGCCCUUUACCAUAGUGACUGACCACAAGCCGUUGCUUGGCCUGUUUGCCCCUGAGAAGCAGACCCCCCAAGUGUUGUCUCCAUGUGUCCUCAGGUGGUCAAUUUUCCUUGCCGGCUACCAGUAUGCACUAAUCCACCGCCCUGGGAAGGCGAUGGGCCACGCAGACGCCCUCAGCAGGCUACCACUACCAGAAACAGGCCCCGACCCAGCGCCUGCACAAGAGGUUAUGACCCUGGAGCUGCUUCCCGACCGACCCAUUCAGGCACAAGAAGUUGCGCACCAUUCCACAAAAGAUAGGGUCAUCUCCCGGGUCCUGGACUGGGUGUGGCGAGGAUGGCCCAGCAGCAGCCCCGGGCCAGAAUUCGCUGGCUACACAAACCGCAAACAUGAACUGUCGGCCCACAAGGGGUGCCUGUUAUGGGGAAGCAGGGUUGUUGUUCCCCAGCCCCUCCGCAAAAGGGUCCUCACAGCCCUACACGAGACACACCCAGGGGUAGUGAGGAUGAAGGCCCUUGCCAGGAGUUAUGUGUGGUGGCCGGGGAUUGACAGAGAGAUAGAGGCCUGGGUCCAACACUGCCAGACCUGCCAAGAAUCCCGCCCGGAUCCCCCAAGGGCCCCAGUCCAGCCCUGGGAGUCCGCCCGACAUCCAUGGUCACGCUUGCACGUGGACUUCGCUGGCCCCUUCCAGGGAAAAACAUUCUUCAUAGUGGUGGAUUCCUACACCAAAUGGCUGGAGGUCGCACUGGUACCAUCCACUUCUACGGCGGCAGCCAUCAGGGUACUACGUAAGCUGUUUGCGACCCACGGGCUCCCUGACACCCUCGUCUCGGACAAUGGAACCGCAUUCACGUCAGAGGAGUUCCAGACCUUCACAGCGCAGAACGCCAUCCGCCACAUCCGCUCAGCACCAUUCCACCCUGCCACCAAUGGCCAAGCGGAGCGCAUGGUGCGGACCACCAAGGACAGCCUCCGCCGCAUGACACAAGGGGACUGGGAAUACCGCCUUGCCACAUUUCUUCUAGCACAGCACAGCACCCCAAGCACAACGACGGGCCGGAGCCCAGCUGAAUUACUAAUGGGCCGGCGCCUUGCAACUAGACUGGACCGACUUCACCCCGACAGAGCUCAGGAUGAGGUAGUGGUGGGGAAAGGCAGGAACCCCCGGACAUUUGUGGCCCAGGACCCAGUGUAUGCAAAGAAUUUUGGGGCAGGCCCAGCAUGGGUACCCGCCACAGUCACCAAGGUGACCGGUCCCGUGUCGUACGAGGUACUAACGGAAGGGGGGCAAUGUUGGCGCCGCCACUGCGACCAGCUACGGCGACGAUUCCCAGGAGGAACCCGGGAGGAGAGCGGGACAGAGGGGUCCCAAGGGGACAGCAGGGCAGUGAGGCCUGUAGAGCGAGAGGGGUGGGCAGGGGAAGCAGAAGCAGUAGGCACAGAGGGGCGCCCCGAGGCUGGAAGGACACCGGAACCAGAGCUACAACCUAGUGGUUCAGUGGCGCCAGACCAGACAGCCCCGGCACAGCCAGCAGCCUCGGAACACGAGCCAGAACCAGAACCCCUGACCAAGGAACACCCCAGGCCACAACGCACACGGAGGCGGCCAGCAGACCUUGGGGACUACGAAUGCAACUUCCCGGGCAGGACUGGAACUUAGAGGGGAGGGGUGUUAUGUACUGAGCUGAAUCCUAGAACAAUAGGAUUCAGAAUCAGCGGGAGCUACCCAAUCCAACUCCAGGUGGAAGUGAAUCCGCAACCUGAUUGGCCUGCUGGAGCAGCCAAUCAGGCGGCUGGCAGAAGUGAAUCUGCUACCUGAUUGGCCUGUAGGAGCAGCCAAUCAGGCUGCAGGCAGAAGUCAAUCCACAAUAUAAUUGGCCCACAGGUGUAGCCCUGAAGUAGCCAAUCACGCAAGGCCCAUUGUGUAAAUAAUGUAUAUAAGCAGAUGGUUUUGGGAAAAGAGCCAUUCGUCUUCUCUUCUCCUCCUUGAUGACUAUGAGCUGAAUAAAGAGCAUGAAAUUCACUCUCG